CUUCUUUGCGUUCCUCGCAGCGUCUGGGCGGGGUCGAUCGCCAAUCGCAUCGCCCGUGGGGUAGGCCUUUUGUGGGAAUUCCCGAUUUUCUUGCGGGAUUGUUUCCUUUUUUUCUCGUUGCUGGAUUUCUUUCCUAGAGCGGGGAGAGAGAGGAGGGAGAGCUAUGCACCCCAAAUGCGGUACUUGCCAAAGAGAUAGGGCUCCGGGGAAGAAGGGAAAGGGAUUGGAUGGCAGAGGUUCCAAUCCACAGUGGAGGCAGGGAUUCUCCGUGAAGUGAAUCGAGGAAAAAAUCCAAAAUUAAGAACUAGUGAGAGGGGGUUACUUGCGAGAUGAUCCUUGUGACAAAGCGCCAUGGCAAAUCUUUCAAGGAGUCUCUCAAGUCACUCGAGGCGGACAUCCAACACGCCAACACAUUGGCAUCCGAGUUUCCAAGAGGAUACGAUGGCGCUUGCCUCCAGAUGAGGCUCUCUUACAGCCCCGCGGCGCAUUUCUUCCUCUUUCUCGUUCGCUGGACGGAUUGUAGCCUCGCCGGAGCUUUGGGCCUGAUAAGAAUUCUCAUCUACAAGGUUUAUGUGGAUGGCACAACCACCAUGUCCACGCACGAACGAAAAGCUAGCCUACGGGAGUUCUACGCGUAUAUUUAUCCUUCUUUGCAGCAGUUGCAAGGUGGGAUCACGGAAGUGGAGGCGAUCAAGCAGCGCGCCGCGUGCCUGGAGAAGUUUAAGCGGAAAGGCGACGAGGAACGGGGGCGGAUGAGCGAUUUGGACGUGGAGCGGGAGCAAGAGUGUGGGAUUUGCCUCGAGGCCAACAGCAAAAUCGCGCUGCCGGGAUGCAAUCACGCAAUGUGUAUACGAUGCUACAGAGAAUGGCAUUCGAGAGCUCAAUCGUGUCCGUUUUGCCGUGACAGCUUGAAGCGAGUGAAUUCGCGGGACUUGUGGGUUUUCACCGAUGUUUCCGACUCGCAGGACAUGGUGGAACUGUCGCGGGAGAAUUUGCAGCGGCUGUUCAUGUACAUUGACAAGCUGCCACUGCUCAUCACCGACAGCUUAUUCACGAUCUACGACUCCCACAUCAAGUGAAAACCCCGAAUCCCAAGAGCAAAAGAUCAUACAUCAAAGUGAAACUCCAAAACCAAGAACAAAAGAUGAUAGGUCCGAUCGAUCGAUCCAGGCAUUCUUCAAUUCAUAGGCACACAAUUCAAGUUCCAUGCGCUGUAAAUUAAUAUAUGAAAAGUUAUACGGUGUUUUC